AUGUCCGACUUCCCCUCCUCGGAGGACGGCAAGAUCUCGUUCAAGGGACGCGUCGUCGUCGUAACCGGCGCCGGUAACGGUCUUGGUAAAGCUUACGCCCUCUUUUUCGCCUCCCGCGGUGCCAAGGUCCUCGUUAACGAUCUCGGCCCCUCUGCUCAGGACAAGAACAAGAAGGCCGCCGAUGUCGUCGUCGAAGAGAUCACCAAGGCCGGCGGUGAGGCCAUCGCCAACUACAACUCCAAUACCGAGGGUGACAAGAUCAUCCAGCAGGUGAUCGACAAGUGGGGCCGUGUCGACGUGGUCAUCAACAAUGCCGGUAUCCUCCGCGACAAAUCCUUCAAAGCCAUGUCCGACAAGGAAUGGGACCAGAUUACUGCCGUCCACAUUACUGGUUCGUACGCAUGUGCCAAGGCUGCAUGGCCCCACAUGCGCAAGCAAAAGUACGGCCGCAUCAUCAACACCUCGUCUGCUGCCGGUAUCUAUGGCAACUUCGGCCAGGCCAACUACGCUGCUGCCAAGCACGCCAUGAUCGGUUUCGGCAAGACCCUUGCCAUCGAGGGUGCCAAGUACAACAUUCUCUCCAACAUUCUCGCCCCCGUCGCUGCCAGUCAGCUCACUGCCACCGUCAUGCCCCCUGAGAUGCUUGAAAACCUUACUCCUGACUACGUCGUCCCGAUCGUUGCCUAUCUCGUCUCUGGCGAGAACAAGGAGGUCUCGGGCCACGUCUUCGAGUGCGGUGCCGGUUUCUUCGCACAGGUGCGACGCGAGCGCAGCCGUGGUGUCGUCUUCAAGACCGACGACUCGUUCACUCCUGCUGCCGUUCGCGCCAGGAUCGAUGAGAUCCUCGACUAUGACGAGAAGCCCGAAUACCCUUUCCGCAUCACGGACGCCAACCACAUGGAGUUCCUCGAGCGCGCCAAGGAGGCCAAGUCCAAUGACCAGGGUGACGGCCCCGUCCGCUUCGAGAACAAGACGGUACUUGUCACGGGUGCCGGUGCCGGUCUCGGUCGGGCGUACGCUAUCAUGUUCGGCAAGCUCGGCGCCAAUGUGGUGGUCAACGAUUUCCUCGAGAAGAACGCCACGGCCGUUGUCGAAGAGAUCAAGAAGGCCGGCGGCAAGGCUGCUCCCGCCGUUGGCUCGGUUGAGGACGGCGACAAGAUUGUCAAGGCCGCCACCGACGCUUUCGGUUCGCUGCACGUCGUCAUCAACAACGCCGGUAUCUUGCGUGACAAGUCGUUUGCUGCCAUGUCGGACCAGGAGUGGCACGCCGUUCUCAACACGCACUUGCGCGGAACCUACAGCAUCUGCCACGCUGCUUGGCCCAUCUUCCAGCAGCAAAAGUACGGACGUAUCGUCAACACCACCUCGGCUGUCGGUAUCUACGGCAACUUUGGUCAGGCCAACUACUCGACCGCCAAGGCCGGUAUCAUUGGCUUGACCAACACGCUCGGCAUUGAGGGCAAAAAGUACAACAUCUUGGCCAACACCAUCGCUCCCAACGCCGGUACCGCCAUGACGGCCACCAUCUGGCCUCAGGAGAUGGUGGAUGCCUUCAAGCCCGACUUUGUUGCGCCCAUGGUCGGCUAUCUGGCUAGCGAGGCCAACGAGGAGCUCACCUCGGGCCUGUUCGAGGUUUCGGGUGGCUGGGUUGCUGCUGUGCGAUGGCAGCGUGCCGGCGGCCAUGCCUUCAGCCACGGCAAGCCGCCCACGCCCGAAAAGAUUAUCAAGAAGUGGAACAAGAUUGUCGAUUACGAGACCAACCCUUCGUGGCCUACCAGCCCCAGCGACUCGCUCGGCGACAUUAUCUCAAACUUCGGACAGUCUGGAGACGACGACGACGACGACGACGCUGGCGCCGGUGGCGACUACAGCGACCCCGAUGACCCCGAAAUCGUGCAGAAGGCCAAGAAGGAGCCGAUUGACGACUCGGAGUUCUCGUACGGCGAGCGCGACGUGAUCCUGUACAACCUGGGUGUGGGUGCUACCGAGAAGGAACUCGACCUGGUGUUCGAACAGGACGACGACUUCAAGGCAGUGCCCACAUUCGGUGUGAUCCCUCAAUUUAUGGCGAGCGGCGGCAUUCCGCUCGACUGGUUGCCCAACUUUAGCCCUAUGAUGCUGCUGCACGGUGAGCAGUAUCUGUCGAUCGCAAAGCCGAUCCCCACGAGCGCCACGCUGGUCAACAAGCCCAAGCUGAUGGAGGUUCUAGACAAGGGCAAGGCUGCUGCGGUGACGUCGGUUGUGCAUACCUUUGACAAGGCGAGCGGCGACCUGGUGUUCGAGAGCCAGAGCACCGUGUUCAUCCGCGGCUCGGGUGGCUUUGGCGGCAAGAAGAGCGGCAAGGACCGCGGCGCUGCGUCGGCGGCCAACAAGCCGCCUUCGCGCAAGCCGGACAAGGUGGUGACGGAAAAGACCACUGAGGGCCAGGCUGCGCUGUACCGUCUGUCGGGCGACUACAACCCGCUUCACAUCGACCCCAGCUUUGCUCAGGUGGGUGGCUUUGACAAGCCCAUCCUGCACGGACUUUGCUCGUUCGGUAUCUCGGGCAAGCACGUGUUCCGUGAAUUUGGCGCGUACAAGGACAUCAAGGUGCGCUUCACCGGCCACGUCUUCCCCGGCGAGACGCUCGAGACGAGCAUGUGGAAGGAAGGCAACAAGGUCAUCUUUACCACUCGCGUUGUAGAGCGUGACUCGCAGGCCCUCGGUGCUGCUGCUGUUACGCUCAUUGACUAA